AUGUCUUUUGAAGGGAGUCAUGGAGUGGGGGCGGAUGACGGAAGUGGAAAAUUGGCCGGCAGACUAAGUCCCAACAGACGAUUGGAUGUGGAUAGAUUAUUGGAAGCGACCCCCUCAAGCCAGGUGAAAAGUCAGGUGAAAAGCCAGGUGGAACCACAGGUGUCAGAUAAGUCUGAAAGAGUAGGCAAGGCUGAGGCAGUCUGUGAGGAGAAAAAGGAUCGUGGUGCUGAUGAAUGGAUAGGGGCUGCUUCGGAUGAAGUUCCGGGUGCUGCUGAUAGGAAGGUGAGUGCUGCUGAUAAGCUGAGUGCCGCUGAUAAGGAGACGAAGCAACCAAAGUCACAGGUUGUAGCAGAACGUGAGGUGAGGGAAUCGACCAAGCUGCAGCAUAGGCUGUGUGACGAGAGGAAUGGGCCUGAAGGCAGACGCCACGGUGAAGCGGGGUGUAGUGCAGUGGAGAAUGGUGUUUUGAAGCAUAGUGCAAAAUCAGCAUCAGCAGCAGCAGAAGCAGCAGGGAAAGGCGUGGGUUCAGCUGCAGCACUGGCGUUUCAAAAGGCGUGUGAGCGAGCAGCGCUUACGGGUAUGCCUCCACCCACCUGCAACCUUACCCCCACGCCCCUCCUCACGCCACCAUCCACGUCCUCAUGUAGGGAUAAAUCGGCUAGGAGGCAGCAGAUGUGGCGGGAGGCGGGUUGUGAGAAGCCUCCGGAGCGGCUUGUGUUGGAGGCUGAGGGCCUCAGGCAGCAGCUUUGGCGGGAGGAGUGGGAUGAAGAGGAGGUUGAGAUGGGGUUGAGGGUGGACGGUGGGGAGGAGGGCGGGGAGGGGAGAGAGGAGGGGAGAGAGGAUGGGAGAGAGGAGGGCGGAGCAGAUGAGGGGAUUGGGCAGGAGGAGAAAGAAAAGAGGGGUCGGAAGAAUAGGGGUCGGGAGGGGGAGGAGGAGAAGGGGAGGAAGGAGGAGGAGAAGCGGGAAGGGAAGAGAAGGUUAAAAAAGGGGGUGGAGGGAGAGGUGUCUGAGGCAAGGGGAGGGGAGGAGGAGGGUGGGGAGGAGAGCGACGAGACGUUGGAUGAGUAUGGGGAUAGCUGCAAGCGCUGCCACGAAGUUGGCUUCAUGCUCUGCUGUGACGGCAAGGCAUGCAGCGCCACAUACCACCUGCACUGCUUGGACCCUCCCCUGGAUGACGUACCUCCCGGCCUCUGGUUCUGCCCUGACUGCACCCACAAACGCUUCUCCCUGGGGGUGCAUGCGGUGGUGAGGCGGGCAGUUGAAUCCAUCUGGGAUGUCCGGGCAGCUUAUGCUGUUUUUUCUGCCCGGGAUCCCACUGCUGCUUUUGCUACUGGCAGUCCUGCUGCUGCUGCUGCUGCCUCCCUGCCAUGUCUCUCCACUCCUCUCACCUCUGCUGCUCUUGCUACAGUCAGUGCCACAGCUGGUGCUACAGCCAGGAUUGGCGCUGUAUGGCACGAGUACCACCAUCAGAAAGGCCAACCUCACCAGGAGGAGCACCAGUGCGUAUAUGCCACUUCCUACAACGAACACCACGAGCAUAAUCAUGGUGAUUGUAGCGAUGAGAGCGGUGAGAAAGAGAGCAUGACUGCAGAAGCACCUGGGCGGGCAGGAAUACUGAACGGGGUUGGGAACGAGUGGGCUGUGCUGGGGGAAUUGGAAGGGGAGUGUGAGUUUAGUGGGGCGGGGAGUGACAGUGAGAGCAGUGAGGAGGAGGAUGAGAUUCCGACCAUGGCUGUGUGGGUCGAUGAGGAGGAGAGGGGGGAGGAGGGGAGGGAGGAGGGAAGGGUUAACGAGGAUGAAGACGGGCAGCAGAUUGUGCAAGGUCAGCAGCAACAGGGGGAGAAGCAGCAACAGGACAAGCAGCAGCAGCAGCAGCAGCAGCAGCAGCAGCAGCAGCAGCAGCAGCAGGACAAGCAGCAGAAGAAGCAACAGCUUCAGGUGGGGAGGGAGGGGGAAGAAAAGAGAGUGCUAGAUCUACGGACAACCAGGCAAGCUCUCAUAGCCAAGCGGGUCACCAGACCACCUUGCACGUGGGAGCCGGCCAAUGGGAGCGUGCUGCAGGGGGCUGUCGGGCGGCGUUUGUUGGCACGGUUCUGGGAGAGGGAGCAGGGGGAGCAGGGAGGGGGAGUGGUGGAUGGGGGAAGAGAUGGGAAGGGAGAGAGUCUGUGUGCCAUGCCGGACCACUCUGCACCGCACUGGAUCGCAAUGUCUGACGCCCCGAUGCAGCAGCAGCUGGGGAACCUGAACGCCCUGAGGAGCCGUGGGGGGACUAGGGAGGUGAUUAAACGGUGGGAGCUUAAAAAGGAAGUGGAGAGAGGGGGAGUGGAGGGGGGGAGGAGGGGGGGGGGGGAGGAGGAGGAGGAGGAGGAGGAGGAGGAGGAGGAGGAGGAGGAGGAGGAGGAGGAGGAGGAGGAGGAGUGA